AGUCUCAGAGCUGGAGAGAGCGAGCUGGAGAGAGGACGCAGAGGCGAUAAACAAGAAGAAGGGACAGAUAGGUACUGCAGUGGAGGCAGGCUGAGAGGUAGAGAUUAGCGAGAGAGAAGGAGAAAGGGUCACAUGAGAGAACUUAAAACGACAAAGAGCGGUGGAAAGUAAGGGUGUGUGAGUGUGUGUGUGCGUGUGUGUGUGUGAGUAGUGCAGCGUUUGCUGUUCUGCUGGGUUAUCUCUCUCCAUCUGGGUGCCAUCUGUGUCUCUGGCUCUGGCUUUCGCCACACUGGAGCUCACAUAUGUGGGAAUGCAAACACAUGCCUGACAUAUGAAGGCGUGGAGUCGCAGAAAAAGACAAAAAAGAAAGAAAGUAGAGGAUAAGAAAGCAAAACUCCGACCGCUGCAGCUGAUUUUCUCCCUGGACUGAAGAGUGGACUCUACUGGAGUGGAGACAGUAAAGAGACGAAGAGCCCUGCCAUGCCCGGUUCGCCUGUGGAUGCUAAGACUCAUUCCAGAUCGGCCCCCAGCAGCAGCACCAGCUCCACGAUGCCACCCCUGCCCUCCGUAAACCCCAGCGGCCCCCGCCCGGCCUCCUUCUCCACAACAGCAUUGACAAAUGGGAAUCAUCAUUCCCCACCGACCCUGAAUGCAGUCCCGUCUCCACCUCAGCGCUACAGCAACGGACCGUCCUCAUCCUCUUCCUCCUCGCUGGCUAACCAGCAGCUGCCGGCCACCUGUGGGGCUCGCCAACUGAGCAAGCUGAAACGUUUCCUGACCACGCUGCAGCAGUUUGGCAACGACAUUUCUCCCGAGAUCGGAGACAGCGUCAGAAGCCUCGUCUUGGCCCUCGUGAAUUCCACAGUCACCAUCGAGGAGUUUCACUCACGGCUUCAGGAGGCCACCAACUUCCCCCUACGGCCCUUUGUUAUCCCCUUUCUCAAGGCAAACCUCCCCCUGCUGCAGAGGGAGCUCCUCCACUGUGCACGUGCAGCCAAGCAGACCCCGGCCCAGUACCUCUCCCAGCACGAGCACCUCCUCCUGAGCACGACGCUCGCCUCCUCCCCGGACUCCUCGGAGCUGCUGAUGGAGCCGCCCGAGGUGGCGGCCAAGAGGCACAGCCCCAGCAGAGCUAAAGAGAACGGCUUCCACGAACGGCCGCCCGUUGCCAUGGAGCCCGCCGCCAAACGGAUUUGCACCAUCAGCCCCGCUCCCAGACACAGCCCGGCGCACCCGCUGCCCCUCAGUGCCCAGCUGCACCCGACGCCGCCGCCCCUGCAGCACUACGCCCUGGACGACAUAGCAGCGCCACACAUCCUGCACAGAGAACACAGCCAACGCGUGCUGGAGAUCCGUGAGCUGAAGGACAGGACCAGACUCCCUGGCACUAACGGGGGCUACCGUGAGGAGCCGGUGGACCACAGACUGACAGACCGAGAGUGGGCUGAUGAAUGGAGGCAUCUGGACCAUGUGUUGAACUGCAUAGUGGACAUGGUGGAAAAGACACGGAGGUCGGUGAGCGUGCUCAGACGGUGCCAGGAGUCGGAUCGCGAAGAACUCAACUACUGGCGACGGCGCUCGAACGAGCAGGAGGACCCACGCAAAGGAGGCUCAGGCUCGGCUCCCUUUUCCAAGACGCACAGCCCCCACUCUGCAGAGUCGGACUCUCAGCGGGAGUUUGCCCCACGUCCAGGUCCAGGCUCGGCAUACGUUACAGAUGAAAUCUGGAGGAAAGCUGAAGAGGCAGUGAAUGAGGUGAAGCGUCAGGCCAUGGACGAGGUUCAGAAAGCGGUGGCGGAGGCCGAGCAGAAGGCCUUCGAGAUGAUCGCAGCAGAGAGGGCAAAGAUGGACAAGACUCUGGUGGAGGCAAAGCGGAAGGCUCAAGAGGACGCCAUCAUGGUCAUCAAUGAACAAGAGGAUUCCAGUGAGUGUUGCUGGAAUUGUGGCCGCAAAGCCAGCGAGACUUGCAGCGGCUGCAACGCGGCUCGCUACUGUGGAUCCUUCUGCCAGCACAAGGACUGGGAAAGACAUCACCUCAUCUGCAGCCCGGGACUUCAAGCUCAGCCCAAACCCGUCUCCGCCAUCACCGCGAGCAGGGCCGCCGCCGCCGCCGUGGCAACGGCACCUGGAAUGUGUCCCGUGGGUCUCGCGGGGGUCAAAGCUCCCGACAGCGUGCCUUUGGUGUCCAGUCCAGGCGCGGAGAAGAACCUGGCGGCUUCACGCUCCUCCACUCCCUGCACUCCCGCCUCGGCCUCGGAGACCAAUGGACAUUAAGAGGCGAAGCAACUUCAGCCGCUGGCGCGUCACAGAUCCUCUUUUCCUGCGAGGGGGGGAGAGCUGAAUCAGCAGCACGAGGAAACUAUUUGUGGGUUAACAGAUUUUUCAUCAUACUCUUGGCAGAUGAAGAAGUACAGAUUACGGAUGACUGUUUUGAGUGAUAUGUCAGCUGGGACUUUGGCUUUGGCAGAGAACAAAAGAACUUGUCUCGUUUGCAUUCAGCGGAUGAACAGAUUUCCCUAACAGAUGGAAAUGUGUUUUCUUGACGUCCAAAACCCUGAAUCUUGGAUCCGUGAGGGAUGGAAAAAAGAAGAGAAACUGAUGAUGAUUGAUCUCAGUUUAUCUGUGGUUGCAAGGAGGAAGUUAUAAAAGGAAGGCAUAUCACAACCCCCACCCCCCCCAACCCCAACCACCCACAAACCAGAACCCUCACUUUGUUGUGUAUACAUUUAAAACAGGGAAGUGGUGUCGGUAAAUGUAAAAAGUGUAAUAGUUCCAGUUCUUUGUUGUGUAGGAAAUGAUGAAUUAAAAAAAUCCAUCAGUGCACCACAUACGUCGACUUAUCAGCGCCUCUGUAAACAUUCGCAUCACCAACUUCUUGUCAGAGUUUUAUAUGUGUGAAAGAGUCCAACGUCGUGCCGUCAGUGACAAUUGUAAAGCAUAUGAUUAUUUUUUUCAAAGCAAUAUUACUAACUAAAAUGGAGUUGUUCAGGUAUUUCAAGCUGUUUCUGCAUCACCAAAGUUUUUGGUUGCUAAGGAGAGUCGUCGUCGUGGUCGUCGUCGUCGGUGUCUGCAAAUGUCUUUUGUGAACGACAGAUGAUAAUAUGCCAAAUCCGUUUUAUAAAAGAGUUUAAAUAGGAGCUCGCUGCUCAUCAGUGUUCAUUUGUCUGGACCAAGAAGGCGAAGAGAUGUUUUUAGUCACAACUCGGUCUGGUUGCAGUUUCACUUUGGCACUUGUUCACGUCAGCAGCUGUUUGGCAGCGUCGCGAGUUGCUCCAAGUCCCGCCGUCACUGCAGGUGCUGCGUCAGAGGACCGAGAGUGUGAAUGCACCUGUUGAAGUCUGUUUUAGUGCAUUGCAGAUUAUUCAGAUGGAAAGGGGGGGGGGUCCUCACAGAUGUCUGCAUGGCAGCGGUGCAGGUGCACAGCAGCGAGUCUGUCCCACAGAGAAUCUCAGGAGCUGAACUGCAUUCGUUUGUACAGGUGGUUCUUGUCCUUUCGUCACGGGAUAAAGUUUAGUGAGGAUUCAUUUAUUGUGCUCUGCUGUCACAACUGAGAUUCUUCUUUUCGUUUGUUGUAAGAUGACUGUAUAAAAUAUUGAGAGAAUGCCUUUAUUUUGUGAGCCACAAUUUUUCCCUUCAUUCUUUAGACAUCGUUCUUUUGUUAUUUUGUUCAUAACUUUGUAUAAAAAUCAUAUCUUGGCAAGUAUGGAAUAAAGAAUUAG